CUUACCUUUUGUACCUUUUUUUUCAUCCUCCACACGUAGUCUUUCUCCCACACGUUGUGUGUGCUUUGCUUUCAACAUAAGGACUUCUGCAGCAGUAGCAGCGGCUUUGUAAAAGGAAAAAUCUCUUAAGGAAAGGCAGUUAACGGAGUUUACGAAGCUGUGGAUCAGUCAUGCCCAUGAGAGGCUGUAGGGCAUGGAAGUGGGCACUGCUCCUGUGUGGCGCCCUGUUCUCCCACCAUGCCACCGCCUGCCCAGCUCUGUGCACCUGCAGCGGCACCACUGUGGACUGCCACAACCUGGGGCUCAAGAGCAUUCCCAGGAACAUCCCAAGGAACGCAGAGCGACUGGAACUGAAUGGAAAUAACUUCACCCGCAUCAACAAGAAUGAUUUUAGUGGACUCAAAUACCUCCGGGUUCUGCAGCUGAUGGAGAACCAGAUUGGAGCCAUCGAGCGGGGGGUCUUUGAUGACAUGAAAGAACUGGAGAGGCUACGUCUAAACAGGAACCAACUCUACCAGCUGCCAGAGCUACUCUUCCAGAAGAAUGCUGCUUUGUCACGACUAGACCUAAGUGAGAACUUCAUCCAGGCCAUUCCCCGCAAGGCCUUCCGUGGAGCUACAGACAUCAAGAACCUUCAGUUGGACAAAAAUCACAUCAGUUGUAUUGAGGAUGGAGCAUUCCGGGCACUUCGAGGGUUGGAGGUUUUAACACUAAACAACAACAACAUCAGUGCAAUACCGGUGUCGAGUUUUAACCACAUGCCCAAGCUGAGGACGUUCCGUCUGCACUCAAAUAAUCUGAAUUGUGACUGCCACCUGUCCUGGUUGUCCCAAUGGCUGCGUCAGAGGCCCACACUUGGUCUGUUCACACAGUGCUCAUCUCCACCACAGCUCCGCGGGAUCAACGUGGCUGAGAUCCAGAAACAUGAGUUCAGUUGUUCAGGUCAUUCAGAGAAUUCCAGCCCACAGACAUGCAGUCUUGCUUCUGGCUCCUGUCCUGCCAUGUGCACCUGCAGCAAUAACAUAGUGGACUGCAGGGGUAAAGGACUAACGGCCAUACCAGCCAACCUGCCUGAAAACAUGGCUGAAAUACGACUGGAACAGAACGGCAUCAAGUCUGUCCCACCAGGAGCAUUUUCACCGUACAAGAAGCUACGCCGAAUAGACCUCAGCAACAACCAGAUCUCUGAGAUUGCUCCUGAUGCCUUCCAAGGCCUGCGUUCCCUCAACUCUUUGGUGCUGUAUGGGAAUAAGAUCACAGAGUUACCCAAAGGAGUGUUUGACGGACUCUACGCUCUACAGCUGCUACUACUGAAUGCCAAUAAGAUACACUGUGUCCGUGCUAAUGCAUUCCAAGACUUGCAGAAUCUUUCGCUGCUGUCUCUCUAUGACAAUAAGAUCCAGACACUGGCCAAGGGCACCUUUGCCUCGCUGCGUGCCAUUCAGACACUUCACCUGGCCCAGAACCCAUUUAUUUGUGACUGUAACCUCAAAUGGCUAGCCGACUAUCUCCGUGCUAACCCGAUCGAGACGAGUGGUGCACGAUGCGCUAGCCCACGCCGCCUUGCUAACAAGCGCAUUGGCCAGAUCAAAAGCAAGAAGUUCCGCUGUUCUGCCAAAGAGCAGUACUCCAUUCCAGGCACAGAGGACACCAGGUUGAACAAUGAAUGCAACAAUGAACCUGUCUGCCCAGCCAAGUGCCGCUGUGAAUCCAACGUGGUGGACUGCUCUAAUUUGCGCCUCACCAAGAUCCCUGAACACAUCCCAGCCUCCACCACUGAGCUUCGCCUGAACAACAAUGAAAUCACUUCUCUGGAAGCUAACGGCGCAUUCAAGUCUCUGACACAGCUAAAGAAAAUAAAUCUCAGCAAUAACAAGAUUGCUGAAAUUGAAGAUGGUGCGUUUGAAGGCGCUUCGUCUGUCUCUGAACUUCAUCUGACAGCCAAUCAGCUGGACUCUGUGCGCAGUGGCAUGUUCCAGGGUCUGGAGGCACUACGGAUGCUAAUGCUACGUAACAACCGUAUUAGCUGUAUCCAUAACAACAGCUUUACUGGCUUGUAUAAUGUUCGACUACUGUCCCUCUAUGACAACCAGCUGACCACCAUCUCACCUGGAGCUUUUGACACCCUUCAGACCCUCUCAACCUUGAACUUGCUGGCAAAUUCCUUCAACUGCGACUGCCGGCUAGCAUGGCUAGGUGACUGGCUGAGGACUCGCAAGAUUGUCACCGGCAACCCGCGCUGUCAGCGCCCUGCUUUCCUGAAGGAGAUUCCGCUGCAGGAUGUAGCUCUGCCAGAUUUCCGAUGUGAAGACGGCCAAGAGGAUGCCAGCUGCUUGCCACGCCCACAGUGCCCGAGCGAGUGUACUUGCCUGGAGACAGUGGUCCGCUGCAGCAACAAGCACCUUCAUUCCCUCCCUAAGGGCAUCCCACGUAAUGUUACUGAGCUGUACCUGGACGGCAACCAGUUUAGUGUUGUGCCAAAAGACCUUGCCACCUUCAAGUAUCUGCAGCUAGUUGAUCUGAGCAACAAUAAAAUCAACGCCUUGACAAACUCCUCCUUUGCAAACAUGAGCCAGCUCACCACCUUGAUCCUGAGUUACAACGCACUCCGCUGCAUUCCGACACUUGCUUUUGCAGGUCUUCGGUCUCUCCGUCUGCUGUCCCUGCACGGUAAUGACAUCUCCCAGUUUCCUGAUGGGAUCUUCAGUGACGCAGUGUCUCUGUCUCACUUGGCCAUCGGUGCGAACCCGCUGUACUGUGACUGCCGCUUGCGCUGGCUCUCAGACUGGGUAAAGACGGGCUAUAAGGAGCCAGGCAUUGCUCGCUGCACUGGGCCACCUGAAAUGGAGGGCAAGCUGCUUCUCACCACACCAGCCAAGAAGUUUGAGUGCCAUGGUGAAGCUGACCCAUCUGUCCUGGCUAAGUGUAACCCGUGUCUGUCCAAUCCCUGUAUGAACCACGGCACAUGCCAGACAGAUUCACCAGAUCUGUAUAAGUGCACAUGUGUAGAAGGCUUCAAGGGAAAGAACUGCGAGACUGCCAUCAAUGCCUGCAUCAGUAACCCUUGUGCUAAUGGUGGAACAUGCCAAGUGACCGAAGAAGAAGAUAGCUACAUUUGUUCAUGUCCUCUGGGAUUCGAAGGCCAAAGAUGUGAACUCAACACUGAUGACUGUGAGGACAAUGACUGCGAGAAUGGAGCAACCUGCAAAGACGGUGUGAACAACUACACAUGCUUGUGUCCACCUUAUUACACAGGAGAGAUGUGUGAAGAGCUGGAAGACUUGUGCUCUCCUGAACGCAGCCCCUGCAAGCACCAAUCAACCUGUCUUAUUACAGCAGCUGGCCCAAAGUGUGUGUGUAUGCCUGGGUAUGUGGGAGAUGACUGCAGUGUGGACUAUGACGACUGUCAGGAACACAAGUGCCAGAACAAUGCAGAAUGUCUGGAUGAGAUCAACGGUUACUCCUGUGCUUGCACCCGAGGCUACAGUGGGCAGCUGUGCGAGGUGCUGCCUGUAACACGUUCCCCCUGCCAGCUGGCUGACUGCCAAAACGAUGCCCCGUGCGUGGAGCGAGCAGGCCGGGCACUGUGCCAGUGUCUGCCCGGCUUCGGCGGCCCACGCUGUGAGAAGCUGGUCAGUGUCAAUUUUGUGGACCGGGACUCAUAUCUGCUGCUGAGCGACUUGAAGAACUGGCCUCAGGCCAACAUCACCUUGCAGGUGUCCACUGCAGAGGACAAUGGCAUCCUCCUGUAUAAUGGAGACAAUGACCACAUUGCUGUGGAACUUUUCGAAGGUCACGUCAAGGUCAGCUAUGACCCUGGCAGUCAACCCAGCCAUGCCAUUUACAGCACGGAGACCAUUAAUGAUGGUCAGUUCCACACAGUGGAAUUGGUGACCUUUGACCAGAUGGUGAACCUCUCGAUUGAUGGCGGUGUGCCCACCACCAUGGGCAGCGUGGGAACAGUGAGGCCCCUCAAUGGAGACGCUCCGCUAUACGUGGGGGGUAGGGGCCCAGCGCAGAUACCUCGCUCCACUGCAGGCAUGCCCGUUGAUGUGCACUCAUCUAUAGCUCCACGCGCAUGGCACAUUCAGAAUGGUUCCAGUUUCCAUGGCUGCAUCCAGAACCUGUACAUCAACAACGAGCUGCAGGAUUUCACCAAGACCCAGAUGAAGCCUGGCGUGGUGCCCGGCUGUGAGCCAUGUCGAAAGAUUUACUGUCUGCAUGGAAUCUGUGAACCAGAUGCCGCUCUUGGCCCCAUUUGCCAUUGUCAGCCUGGCUGGAGCGGCCAGCACUGCGAUCAGCCCUCUUCCAACCCAUGCCAGGGCAACAAGUGUGUGCAUGGAAAAUGCAUCCCGCUGGACAUGCAGUCCUACCGCUGUGAAUGCCAAGAAGGUUACCGCGGUGCUCUGUGUAACCAGCAGGGAGAACUCUUUAACCCAUGCAGAAGGUUACAGUGCAAACAUGGCCGGUGCCAGAUUUCAGACACGGGUGAUGCAUACUGCCACUGCGAGAAUGGAUACACUGGGGAAUUGUGUGAUCAAGAGUCGGAGUGUCGUGGUGAACCGGUGCGGGACUUCUACCAGGUGCAGCGUGGCUAUGCAAUCUGCCAGACGACGCGCAUGCUCUCGUGGGUGGAAUGCAGUGGAGCAUGCCAGCCAGGAGCCUGCUGUGCCAGCCAGAGGACCAAGCGCCGCAAAUACACAUUUGAGUGCAGCGAUGGCACCUCAUUCAGCGAAGAGGUGGAGAAGAGCAUCAAGUGCGGCUGUGUGGGCUGCAUGUAGUGCAGAGAAGGGAGGCAGAGAGAGAAAGAGAGAGAGAGAAAGAGAGAUGUCACGAGUCAGAGAGUAUACAGAAAUAUAUAAUAAAACUAUAUAUUAUGGACAACGACGUUUGUAAAAUAGAGGACUUUUUUUCUCCCUCCGUGAACUCCCAAAGGAUGUACGGCAUAGGACAGAGCCAAAAAAAAAAAAAAACAAA